AUGACCAUAGAUAUCCACGAAGAGCCACGGCGUAGAUCGUCACUUGCUCCAAGACGUUCCUCCACAACUUAUUAUCGCUGCUUUCAAAAUUACUAUCAUGCUCACCGUUAUCUUUAUCCUCAUCCCCAAUAUAUUCUUGGAAUACAAUGUAAAGUCAACCACUGGCAGCUCAGGGACCUUCUUCAAGUCGAUCGGAGUACGGGGGCAAUUUACUACACUCGAGCAGAUACUAUAAGAGAACUUCAACUUGGCCAAAAGGCAACUUCGAGGGUGCACUUUUGUUCCGAUUACGGUCCAAGAUGUUUCAACACAAACGACCGAGCCACCGUGACUGGUGGUGUGAUCAUGUCUCUGGCAUCCCAGCAUCAUGCAAGUUACUACGCAGAAAACCUAACCAGUCUCGAUCGACAUAGUGGACCUUUGAAAGGACUCUUUUCGUUUUAUCAUCCAGACACAGAAAUCACCAAAGUGGGCAAACUUGGAGCCAUGAUCAACAACGCUGUGACAGUAAAACAGCAUACAAAUGGACAGUACAAGGCAUACGUCUGUAAUAACGACUCCAACUUGUACCUGCUAGACAUCACUGGCGACCGGAUCGACGUCACCUCGAAAAUCAAUUGUGAACUCAACACCUCGCUCAACAAUGUUUGUCAGUCCCCAACCAACGAUCUGCUUAUCGUCACCGGUGACUCACCAUCCGUAUUUCUUUGUGACCCAAAAGUCCGAAAUGGGGUGGUUGACAAGAUAACCACCGACCAUGACUCUGGGUUUGGAAUCUCCUACCACUCACUGGGAGAAGUUUUCUCGGUGACAUUUCAAGACGGCACAUGUUUGGUGUACGACGUACGUAAUAUGGGCGAACCUACGCACGAAAUCAGAUCGACUCGUCCAGGCCACCAGUCUGGAGCUUUCCGGUGCUGCAAGUUUUCCAACUUGAACGUUAACGAUUUGUUGGUUGUUCUGGAGCACGUAGGUCGUGUACACAUAGUGGACUUGAAGCGCAACACCGAGCCGGAAGGCCAUCAGGUAAUAGUGUUCCCAUUUGCUUUGGACCAAUUUGGCAACUAUAAAGACGGCGAGUUGGAGGCAGCAAGAAAACUUCAGCGAGUCCAGAAUGGCGACGAGUAUAUGGACGAGUCAGACGAGCAAGACACCCACAACAUGGUUAGCGUUUAUGCUGACCCAAGCACCAAUUUCAAGUCACAAGGUGUCAAUCCCAUCGAAGAGCGAGUCCAGUUCACGGCUCCAUUGGUAUAUGACUACGAUUACGUCGCAAACGUAAAACCCAAGAUGUUCAAAAACUAUGCCUACACACCCCCACCACCCACGGCCAUCAGCAGAGCAGAAGGUGGAGCCCCCAAUUUCAAUAUUCCUCAAUGGGGGCAGAACCGUGGAGACCAAGCACAAGAGUGUAGAAUUGACGAAAAUGCCGAACCAUUGACCCACGCAUCUACACCAAUGGUAUCUUUACACCACGAAAUACCGACUCUGCGGGCAUCGAACGCUGCCAUUGAACUACAUCAUGAUUCGUACCAGCAGUCAUAUAACCACAUUGAUGGAGAAAUGGAGUUGGCAGGACUUGCGUGGUACGGCAACAAAUUACUUAUUGGGUGCGAACGAGGCGGUAUUCUUACGUGGGAUAUCAACCAGGUGGCGCGCCGAAAUUUCGGAAGCUUCUCUUACGUUUAA